AUAAGAAUGUCGACCGACAGCCCUUACGUGAUAAGCAAUAUCACAGCACCGGACAGUCUUCCUUCAGCUGUGGUUGUUUUAACGAUGGUCAGCUGCCUCUUCUCUGUGGCUGGAGCGGUGGUGAUUUUCGUGGCGUAUUACGCGGUGGAGGAAGCAAGAAAUCAGACCCGGCGACUACUGGUGUACAUAACCAUAGCUGACCUGUUAACGUGUCUUGGGAAUCUAAUCGGCUCCAUCCGAUAUUUUCAUCGAGACGAGGAUGAUUACGUGAACAGAGCAGAGAAUAUGGCGCUGGACUGUAGUAACACGGAUAGUGUUUGUGUGAUACAGAGUUUUGUUACCACAUUCUCUACAUUGGCAUCUUUCUUUUGGACAUGCAUUAUCAUGCUGCAUAUUCUAAUGACACUCUACACAAGAACGGAGUGGACAGGGUUCUACAAACGAGUCAUUUUCCACAUAAUAUCGUGGGGUGUACCUAUGAUAAUAACAUUAACGGCAGCUUUCUGCGGUGCUCUGGGAGAAGAUUUUUCUAUUAGUACAGGACCCUGGUGCUGGAUCAAAGGUUGUCUCCCCCCAUCAGAAGUGGUCACAUGGAUGUUUGUGACUGCCAAAUUCUGGGAACUCUCUACUUACAUUCUGACAACAGCAUUCUAUCUGUUGAUUAAAUUUGUACUUUGGCGGAGACAGAUUCUUUCCUUCAGACAGAGAAGCAAUGACAAUCUUCGUGAGGAGGAUCAGCUAUACACCAUGAUUUUCCUCGUCCUUAUUCCUCUAAGGAUCUUCGGAACUGGUCGCUUCUUCAUCGCUUACCACAAAACUCUAACCAACAACUCACUUGUCACAUUUAGCACUAUCGACAAAGUUUUGCUUUACCUUCAGAGUAUCGGCGAUAGUGGACAAGCUUUCUGUAACUGUAUCCUCUUUUGUGUCAGAGACGGAGUUGUUCGCAGUGGUCUAGUUAACAGUAUCAGACAUGCAUGUCAAUGUCGACAGAAUGAUGAGACUGAAAGACUACUGCCAACUUCGCCCCUUAAUUAGACACCUAUAUUUGUCAAUGUCGACAGAAUGGCGAAACUGUAAGACUACUAUUAACUUCACCACUUUAAUAGACACCUACAUGUCGACAGAAUGUUAGUACUGCAAGACUACUGCCAAAUACAUCCCUUAAUUUUCACCUACAUUAAUCAAAGUCAUGACUUGAAAAAGUUCAUAGU